UCCAAAGUGGGCGUGUUCUGUUGGAACAGCUGGUGGGGGCUCGUGCAAGGGGCUCAAGCCGAGUCGUUGGUCGGUGGUUGAUGGGGGAAACAACAACGAGCUAGGCAUCAUGAGGGUCCCUGAAACACUGAUUUGGGCCGCUUUUCUCAUCCAAAAGGUGGUGGGAGAGUAUGGCAUGGCCCAUUUCAGUGACAAGGGCAAGAGCAAAGGAAAGGAUUACUGCAUAUUCUUCAACUCACAGUGGGCACGUCUACCUCAGGACCUUAAUAAGGCAUCACGUCUCCAGAUCUAUGACCUGACAACAUCGGUCCUGUGCUCGGCCUCUGAGGUCCCAGAGGGAGGCUUCCCGAAUCGCAUCCCCAUGGUGAUGAGGGGCAACUGCACUUUCUAUGAAAAGGUCCGACUGGCCCAGAUCAACGGCGCCAAGGGCCUCCUCAUUGUCAGCAAGGACAGACUGACACCACCAGCAGGAAACAAGACUCAGUAUGAGGAGAUUGACAUACCUGUAGCAUUGCUCAGCUACUCUGACAUGCUGGACAUAAGCAAGACUUUUGGUAAAGGACGACUGGUUGCCAUGUACGCACCCAAUGAGCCUGUGUUGGACUACAACAUGGUGAUCAUCUUCUUGAUGGCAGUGGGAACGGUCGCCAUAGGAGGCUACUGGGCCGGCAGCAGAGACAGCAAGAAACGCUACAUGAAGCACAAGCGUGACGACGGAGCAGAGAAGCAGGACGAAGAGACGGUAGACGUCACCCCCAUUAUGAUCUGCGUGUUCGUGGUCAUGUGCUGCAGCAUGCUGGUGCUGCUUUACUUCUUCUACGACCACCUGGCCAUUUGGGUCAUCGCCAUCUUCUGUGUGGCCUCCUCUGUCGGGCUCUACAGUUGUCUGUGGCCCUUUGUCAGGAGACUUCCUUUCUGCAAGUGCAGGAUCCCAGAGAACAACCUGCCGUACUUGCACAAGCGGCCACAGAUCCGCAUGUUGCUGCUGUCAGCCCUCUGCAUCGGAGUCAGCAUCACCUGGAUGGUGUUUCGCAAUGAAGACCAGUGGGCAUGGGUGUUACAGGACGCCCUGGGGAUUGCCUUCUGUCUCUACAUGUUGAAAACAGUCAGACUGCCCACAUUCAAGGCUUGCACUUUACUUCUGACAGUCCUUUUUGUCUACGAUGUUUUCUUUGUAUUUAUCACACCCUUAUUUACAAAGAGUGGGGAAAGUAUAAUGGUGGAGGUAGCGGCUGGUCCCUCUGACUCCUCCACACAUGAAAAGCUUCCCAUGGUUCUAAAGGUGCCAAGGUUAAACUUCUCUCCCCUGGCUCUUUGUGACCGGCCCUUCUCCCUCCUGGGCUUUGGAGAUAUCUUAGUACCAGGUCUGCUGGUGGCAUACUGUCACAGGUUUGACAUUUUAACACAAUCCUCCAGGAUCUACUUUGUGGCCUGUACAAUCGCUUACGGUAUCGGCCUGCUGAUCACCUUUGUGGCCCUGGCCCUGAUGCAGAUGGGUCAGCCCGCCUUGCUCUACCUGGUGCCUUGCACUCUGCUCACCAGCCUCACUGUAGCGCUGUGGCGCAGGGAGUUGCCCCAGUUCUGGACUGGAAGUGGAUUUGUGCCUGCCAUAGUGCUCGCACCGAUCAACUGUACACAAACUGCGGCACCGCAGACAGAGGGGCCCUCAACCAAACUGGAGCCACAAACCACAGAAACCACCAAUCAGAGUGAAGACUCGCCCCAGCACCAGCCUCAGGAAACGCCCCCGGCUGAGAAAGAUGAAGACCAAGACAAAUCUAACUGAAAGGACUUCUAGUAUGGCAUUUUCCAUUUCACUUCAUGUUUUAUUUGUUGUUGUUUUUUUUCUACAUUGUGUCUCAGUCAAUGGACAUUUUAAGUAUGGUUGUUUUUUUGCACUUGGUGCGAAGGGAAAAGCAGAGGAGAUCUGCGUUUUCUGAAUGGCUGGCUCAGCGGGGCAACAGGAUCGGAAACACAAGGCGAGGCAUUGAAACUGACAAACACACUAAUUAGAAAACAGCAGCUCCAACACCUUCCUCUACUAACAUAUUGUACAGUCUGUGCCACCUGUAAAGGGAACGAGAAGCCAAAUCUGGAAGCUCCUGAAGCUUUUGAACAUUAAAUACUCCCAUUAGACUUCGCUAACAACCCUAAAGGCCUGGUCACACCAGAAUUUGAAGGUGCGGAAGAAUUGGGGCGAGGUAGGGAUCUCUGAUCAAAACUCAAGUGUUGGAUUUAACUUCAGGUUGUACAAAAUGAUCCUCAGAAGAGGAAUCAUUUAAGAACAGUCGUGUAAUGCUGCAAUGAUUAGUCAGUCAACAGAAAAACAAUAAUCUAUUUUGAUAAAUCAAUAUUUUAAUAGUUUUUUAAAGCAAAAAUACCAAAGAUUUUGCUUCUCAGAUGUGAAGAUUAGAAGCUUUUCUGUGUUAUAAACUGUAAACUGAAUAUGUUUGGGUUUUGGGCUGUUGACCGGAUAAAACAAGACAUGCAAAGACAUCAUCUUGAAAUUUAAGAACUUAUAACGGCAUUUUUCACUAUUUUCUGACAUUUCAGAGCCAAACCAACUAAUUAGAUAAUAGAUAAAGGAAAUAAUCAUUAGUUGCAUCCCUAUAGUUAUGAGACAGGUGUCAAUAGUACAUACACUCACUGUCCUGUUUGAACAAAGGGAGUCCUUUCUUCCUUCAGUAGCUCUUUAUUAAACAACAUGUACAAUCCUGAGAACAACGUGCUGGGGGGAGUAGACAGCCCAGGACAGAUAAAAUAAAAGUGAAGAGAUUAGUUGUGACUGACUCAUGCUAGCAUGUUUUGGGCUGAUUAGCAUGUUAGCAGUUAGCACACUAGCUACAGAAGUUUACCAGAUAUUUCACUGUUCCACUUUCUGGUGUGACCGGGCCUUAAACGUCUCACUAUGCUCUAAGUAGACUUGGUGUAUGUCGACUGACCACGUCUAAAGUCAAACUGUCAAAGGGCGUUAUAGCUACACUCCAAGGUGGCGUGAAGAGCCCCCGGCGAUGGAUUGUUACAAAUGAGGUUAAUGAUGCACGCUUUUGGACAACCUGUCCUCAAAGGCACUAGCCAGCCAGUCGUUAUUUCUGAAGUCAGCAUAAUUCAAAUUGUUUCAGUAAAACUUCAGAAAUAUUGUUGAAUGCCGUCUCCUCAGAUCUGAGGAAUGAAAAAUGUUGGUAGAGAAGCUUUCAAGCACUUCAUUUGAAACAUACUAAGGCCCUUCUUUUCAAAAGCACACACUGACACACCACAUAAGAAGUCAUUUUAGCUGUCAUCAUAGUUUCAUAACCUUUAAAAUUUCAUAACCUUUAAAAUGUGGUGCUAUCAUCGUUGUUGACUGAGCCAAAGCUAUUAGACAUUUGUUUUUGUUUUUUAAACUAAAGCAUUUGUUGACGUUUUCUCAUCUUCCUUUUGGUAUAUUUUGUUUUGCAUGCUAUAAUUUCGAUUUUGCCCUUUAUAUAAAAACCAGUGUAUAACCUAUAGCCCAGACUUUAUAUACAUUAUUGGCGGUGCAACAGUUUAAAAACGUCUGCCACUGCGGUUUUGUUCCCAGAGUAGAUCUUCAUAUUGUCUUAAGAAUUGGUUUUGGCCUUAACAGUGUCCAUGUUGGGAGGUACAGUAGAAUGUGUCACGUGUAAAAGUUGCUUUAUGAAAAACACAAGUACUGUUCUCUAAAUGAUGACAUGCAGCAGUUUAAUGUGUGAACUGAGGAGUAAGUGACGGGUUGUUACCAAUGUUCCUAGAUUAGUUUAUAUGAAGCAUUUGCACAAUAUUUUUUAACCCAUGCGCUGACAGAAGUUGUUGGCUCAUGUCUGUAUAACGUUAAAUGUAUAUUCAAGGGUUUAAAGAAACGAAAACCAAGGUAUCAGUACAUCCAGUAUUCAUCCUGAGGGAGUCCUCUUAAACACCAGAGCCCUGAAGUCACUUCACUCUGUGCACCAGUAGAGACAUAUUUCUGAUUCUUAUUCAUUUACGAUGCCUGUUAACUGAGCUCUGUGUAAAAGUUGAGGGUUGAAGGUAAAAGUGAUUUGAUCAGAGCAGCUCAGUCUGGACGUGUGCCCUCGCUGAUUCAAUGCAGCAGUGUUUUCCAGGACAUGAGAUUAUCCAUUCACCAGUAUAGUUUGUUGUCACCAAGUGGUUUUUAAUACCUCUGUUGAGGAAUACAUAUAAUAAAUAAGCAUUGUAUUUGA